AUGGAGCCUUUCCGCGUGCGCCUAAACUGCAUCGAUCACUAUCAAGCGACCCCAUCGAAGCUGGACCCUCCGCUACCAUUUCGGGAUGGGAAUUUAGACGACAAUGCUUGGCCCAAGGUACCGGUGAUUCGAGUGUUCGGGGCGACCGAAACGGGCCAACGCGUAUGCGUUCAUGUCCAUGGGGCCUUUCCUUAUCUGUACAUCGAAUACAGUGGGUCUGUGGUUCCUGAAGCAGUGAGCUCGGCCAUCCGCACUCUCCAUAUCUCGAUCGAUCAUGCUCUGGCGGCUAGUUUUCGAUGUAAUGCCUAUGACCGCAAGACCGCGUAUGUCGCACAUAUCACUUUGGUCAAAGGGAUCCCCUUCUAUGGAUACCAUGUCGGCUACCGGACCUUUUUCAAAAUCUAUCUUCUCAAUCCCUUCUAUGUCACUCGCCUAACAGAUCUGCUGCAUGAAGGAGCUGUCCUGAACCGACCGCUACAGCGGUACGAGAGCCACCUCCAGUACGUCCCGCAAUGGAUGUGUGACUACAACUUAUAUGGGUGUGGUUACAUGGACUGUGGCAAAGUCACGUUCCGGCGGCCAGUGCCGGAAUAUUUGGAGCUGAACCAUCCAGAUCAUCGCUGGCACGACCGCUCCAUUAGUAUCGACAGCAUUCUCGAGGACCCUACCCUUGAGAAGCAGAGCUAUUGUCCCCUGGAGGCAGAUGUGUGCGUACACGACAUCCUCAACCGACGUAAUAUCACGGAGCGUGCACUGCACCACGACUUUACUGAGUUCUUACGACCGGCCGCCUUCAACGAGCGGUUGGUUCCGAGCCUGGCUGGUCUAUGGCAGGACGAGACUCGGAGGCGCAAAAAACGCUUGGGAAUCACCGAUCCUGGCAGUACACCAUUCAGCCCCGACGAACUGGUUUCGAUGUCUGCCGAACCAAGAAUGCAGUCGAAGGGAGGAUGGGUCCACGAGGAUGAGUUCCACGAGCUGGCUCUCCAAAUCGCCGUAGACGAGAAGAAUAAUCGUGAUGGGGAGGCUGUCUCUUUUGAGACGUUUGUGGACGGACAGGAUAUGCAAAAUAUUAAAACAGCCUUGAGCAGUGUGGAAGAUUUCUAUCCAGACAGGUUUGACAGCUCGGUCCGACAUGAUGACCACCCCCUGCAGCACGCACCUGAUGAAGAACCGCCGCAUGUUUCCGCCGAUGAGCGGCUUGCACCUACUUCCCCGACGAACGAGGAACGAGCAGUCGAAGAAGAACCACAACAGCCUCAAUCUCCUGCAAACAGAGUCAUAGAAGAGAGCUUCUACGACGGCGUAUUCGACGAAUAUCCCCCAGCCGGCGAAGCCGAGGAUCCUCGGCCCGUGAACGCCACCUUUGUCCCGGGUUUCAAUGAGGUUUCUCGCAAAGCGCCUUCCUUCCUUUCAACUGGUCUCCAACCUAGCAAUGAACGGCUUGAUGAUGAACGAGAGAAUGCGCAGAAUCUUGCAAAACGAUCGCAUCCCGAAAUACUCGAUUCUGACCAGUCACGUCCAGCCAAACAACCAAGGAUUCCAGUAUGUCAUUAA